GAGGGGCCGAACCCUCUUUUCUGCCUUCGUCGUCGUCUGUGUGGACUACGCUUGGGCGCUGUGUUCCUCCAUCCAUGCAGGGCAGCACGAGGAGAAUGGGCGUCAUGACUGAUGUCCACCGGCGGUUCCUCCAGCUGCUGAUGACUCACGGGGUGCUGGAAGAGUGCGAUGUCAAGCGCUUGCAGAAGCACUGCUAUAAGGUCCAUGACUGUAAUGCUACCGUAGAGAAGUUGGAGGACUUCAUCAACAACAUUAACAGUGUCUUGGAGUCCUUGUACAUAGAGAUAAAGAAAGGCGUCACGGAAGAUGACGGGAGACCCAUUUACGCACUGGUGAAUCUUGCAACGACUUCAAUUUCUAAAAUGGCCUCAGAUUUUGCAGAGAAUGAGCUGGAUCUCUUUAGAAAGGCUUUGGAACUGAUUAUUGACUCAGACACUGGCUUUGCGUCUUCCACAAAUAUUUUGAACCUGGUUGAUCAGCUUAAAGGCAAGAAGAUGAGGAAGAAGGAAGCCGAGCACGUGCUGCAGAAGUUUGUACAGAACAAGUGGCUGAUUGAGAAGGAAGGGGAGUUCACCCUGCACGGCCGGGCCAUCCUGGAGAUGGAGCAGUACAUCCGGGAGACGUACCCUGACGCCGUGAAGGUCUGCAACAUCUGCCGUGGCCUGCUCAUCCAGGGUCAAAGCUGCGAGACGUGUGGAAUCAGGAUGCACUUACCUUGUGUGGCCAAGUACUUCCAGUCCAGCACGGAGCCGCACUGCCCCCAUUGUAACGACUACUGGCCCCACGAGGUGCCAGAGGUCUUCGACCCCGAGAAGGAGAGGGAGACUGGUAUGUCCAGAUCGAACAAAAGGUCCUUGCGGUCCCGGCAGCACUAGCCAGGCCGCCGCCUUCGGGGGAGUGACCGGGUGCUCCCCUGGGAAGAGAGGCAUCAGUUUCAUGGUUCACGUGGAUCACCUCUUUUUAUCUUGUACGUUCGCUUGUUAACAGGUUUGAAUAAACUUGCUCAGCAGCC